AUGCCCUCAUCUCUGAGCUCCGAGAUCGUUGUCGGGAUAGACUUUGGCACGACAUACUCUGGCGUGUCAUGGGCUAUCAACGAAGGGCAGAAAAAGAUCAAACUCAUCACUGACUGGCCUAAUCCAGAAGCCACUAUUGCCAAUGCCGACAAAGUCCCAACCAUCAUCUCAUACCAGAAUGGCGGUGUCGCAAACUGGGGCUACGAGGUCGGUCUCAAGGAAGAUGCCUUUCGAUGGAUCAAAAUCCUUCUUGAGCCCAAGUCCAAGUACGCCAACGAGGAGCUGUAUGUCCAGGGGAGUAGCAACCUUCUGGGCAAGGUCAAUAAGACGGUUGAGGAGAUUGUCAGUGACUACCUCAGGCUAAUCUGGACGUACACCAAGGAGAACAUCCGCAAGCACGUCGGUGACAGUGACUGGGAGAACAACUUUACUCUCCAAGUGGUGCUGACGGUACCGGCCAUGUGGUCUCAUGCGGCCAAAGACAAAACCCUCAGGGCGGCCCAGAGGGCUGGUCUUCCACAGGACAUCCGCUUGGUGACUGAGCCAGAAGCUGCCGCCUUGGCCACGCUGCAUGACAAAGCUGAAGAAAAUUCACUCAAGAAGGGAGAUGCAUUCGUUGUCUGCGAUGCGGGAGGUGGGACUGUGGACCUCAUUAGUUACAAAGUCAACAACACCUCCCCCCUUGAGAUUGAAGAGUGUGCCAUUGGCGAUGGUGACCUCUGCGGCUCCACGCGAUUGGAUAAAUGUUUUGAAAAAUACAUCGAAACACUAGUAGGCAAGGAUCAGUACAGCAAACUAAAGGAGAUCAACAAGAAGAAGAUGAUGCGAGUGUUCGAGAACGGCGUCAAACGAUGCUUCACCCUCGAGUCGACCAAAGAGUACACGGUGGAGCUCAAGGGGGUCGAGGACAACGAAAGGCAUGGUAUCGAGGACGAUACAAUCACCUUGGAUCACUCCAUGCUGCGAACUUUGUUUGAUCACGUCUGCGGUCAAAUCGAAACGCUGGUUCAGAAUCAGACCGACGAAGUAGCUUCAAAUGGGCUAAACGUCAAAUCUAUCCUCCUCGUGGGCGGUUUUGGGUCCAGCAAGUAUCUCCAUCAUCGACUUGAGAAGUCAUAUUCGUCACGGGGCAUUUCCGUUCUCCAAGUUGACGGAGCUUGGAGUUCUAUCUGUAGGGGUGCUUGCCGCUGGGGGCUCGAGCAUGCAAGAGGGCGACCUGACGCUUCAAUGAUGGCCCUAGUACGAACCGUUGUUGGACGGAUCUCAACGUACAGCUACGGUGUGUGCGUCGACGAACCCUUUGACUCUAAACGGCAUCUCUGGGAUGAUCGGUAUCUCAACCUCGCGACCAACACUUACUAUGCAUCCAAUCAAAUGAAAUGGCUCUUACGUCGGGGCGAAAGAGUUACUGAAGGAAGGGAAUUGAAGAUCGAGGUCUUGCAAAGGGUGCUCGGGGUUGGCAUUUUCUCUACAAGUGAACGUAAAUUUGACGAACCACUCUAUUACUGCAAGGAUAAAGAGCCCCCAUCACGUCUUAACAGCAACCUCAAGCAGCUCUGCAGCGUCCACUAUUCCGUCGAAGAGGCAAAGAUCUGGAACGAGCCAAGCUAUAGGAGCGAAGCCAAGCCAGGGAAGUGGCGAGACAUGAAGAUGGAGCUGAUUUUGAUCUUGGGAUAUGCGACGCUUGACUUUAGGGUGAGAUACCGGGAUGAGUUUGUUGCUGCUGUGGAAGCCGAGUACAUGCAGGAUUUUUCUUGA